UAUAUUUGAGCAGUUUAUUUACAGUGAUAUAUAUUUAAAAACAAAAAAAAAUUAUUGUGGUAUUUGGAUGAGAAGAAAGUGAAAAGAGAAAAGUAAAGAAAAAGCGUUAGAGCUUAUGGUGGUAACACAUAAAUAAUGACGCCGAACAUUCAAACUACGCGAAAAGCUAUUGUUAUUACACCGCCGUUGAAGACUAAAAAAAGAUCGAACUAUAAAUUUAGUUCUGUCGACAAAGAAAAUGUAGAUAAAAUCUAUGAACCAAUGGAACAAGAAAUUGAGGCGGGAGUUAACAUAAUAACAAGGUUUAUUCAAAAAUCACUAAUACCAAAUAAGCAGAGUUUAGAGGACUUUCAAGCCAACCUAUUAGAAUGUUUGCGAACAGAAUACACAGGACAUUGGUACCCUGAAACACCGGAUAAGGGAAGUGCUUUUCGUUGUUUAAGAGUUAACCAAAAAGGAGGGGAGUCUUUAAUUGAAAAGACUGCUAAAUCUUCAGGAUUAACGUGGGUGUUAGAUUGUUUACCAAAAGAAUUUACCAUAUGGAUUGAUCCAGGUGAAGUUUCUUAUAGAAUUGGCGAGGAAGGAUCUAUAUGCGUUCAUUUUAGUACUAUUCAACAUUUAAGAAGAACUGUCGCAAUCAAUUAGCUGCUUUAAUAUAUACAAAUGAAAUUUUCCUAAAGCUGUAAACAUUGGCUAAAUAGGUAUUUAGGGAAGGAGUGGCGGAGGUGUAGACGUUUUUUUGGGCGCGCAAUGGUUACUUCAAUCACACUUUUUAUUUAUAUUUUGCAUUAAAAAAAAUCGAAAUUUUUGCCGUGAAUUUUAUGAAGCGUCUUCGCCUGUGCUGGAGAGGCAGGGUGGUUUCACAAAUAUCCUUAAAAGAAAUGUUAUUUACUUGAUGACUAAAACAUAGAAUUGCUUCUAUUUUAAAAUACCUUUAAAUCUUUUCAGUUCUUAGAAAAGUGAAUGCGAUGGCACGGUGUUUAUAGCUUUAGGAAAAGUUUCUAUUUUUCUUGCUUUUUUAAAAUAAUAUUUUAAACAAAAAAACCAAAACUUUGAAAUUAUAAAGCCAACAUGAAAAAUAAAUUUUUUAUUUUUCUUGAAGGUUCCAUGGUUGUCUUGAUGUUUUAUUUUUUGUGUGUAUUUUUUAUUGUGUCAACUCUUAAUUGGAGCACUAUUGUUUGAAUUUUAUUUUAUUUUUAUAGGAAUUUUAGGAGUAUCCGCCUGUAAAUAUUAUUAAAUCUUUUUCACUGCUUUGUAAAUAUGGAUGAAAAAUGUAUACUAGCGUAUAAAUAUAUUUGUACAUAUAUACAAUUAAUGCGGGCAGAGCAAUAGAGUUUUGCAAAUUUAAAUAAUUUAACAUAAAAUAUUAUUUUGUUUUUUAUUUAUUAGUGAAAAUAUAAACAUGGGAA